AUGUUCCACACUUUCGAGGGCUUCGAAAAUCCCACGGCAGCCACCCCAGCCCGAAACCGUCCUCCUAUUCCCGAACGGCGCGAUUCAGUAAGCCGCCGAGUCACAACUCUCCGUGCCUGUACGUCCUGUCGACACCGAAAGAUUAAAUGCGAUGGCGAGAAGCCAUGCGAGGCCUGUCGGUGGUAUAAGAAGGCAGAGCAGUGCCAUUAUUCGGACCCCCGGCCAUCCAGAAGACAUGUAGAAAAACUGUCUACUACCCUCGACGAAUACAGAAGCGUGCUGGGGAAGCUAUUCCCUAACCUUGCGCCAGAGUCUCUUGUCAAUCUGCCACGGGAGAAGCUGCUCGAGCUGACAGGUGGAUCCUCAUCCGCAUCACUGGUUCAGGGCGCCCCUGCACCACCACACCCCGCUUCGCCUGCCACUUCCGCCUCAGUAGAAGCCCAUGUAUCGCCCUUGUCGAACGAAGAUGACAAUCUCGAGGCCCUCCAAAGCAUGCCUGAGGAGCUCGACGAUAGUCGUCCAAGUUCCACCGACCUGGUCGAAGGCGUCUCCGACGAUGUCAACGCCCUCUCUCUCUCCGCCCGGCAGCCAUCGUCUUACCUCGGCGUCUCAUCUAUCCAGGCAGUGCUCAAAGUUAUUGUCUGGCUUGAUCCAGGGUGUGCGACAUACUUCACUCGGACUCCACCCACUCAUCCACGCGACCAGGCCGGUCUGGAGUACGAUAUGCCGUCUGAAUGGGGUCAUCAGCCACCCGUCACCUCGCCACAGCCGUCUAUUCCUCCGACGGAGAUGCAGAUGCUGGAUGCAUAUUUCUUGCACUUCCAGGCCUUUGCACCGAUGAUUGAUGAGCAGUUAUUCCGCGAAACUUAUAUGAUGGGUCACCGAAAGGACGAGCACUGGCUCGCGCUGCUCAACAUUGUUCUUGCUCUAGGCAGUGUCGCUGCCUCGAAGCCAGACGACCAGACACACCACACAUACUUCAUGCGCUGUAAGAGCCAUUUGAGUCUGAGCUCUCUUGGAAGUUCUCAUCUCGAGACCAUCCAAGCUCUGGGGUUGAUUGGCGGAUGGUAUUGUCAUUAUAUCAGCCAACCGAAUCUCGCAUAUUCUCUCAUGGGUGCAGCGCUGCGGAUGGCAGCCGGUCUGGGCCUACAUAAAGAAUUUGCUGAAAGCCGGCAAGGACCGAGCCCAAGUAAAUUGGCCUCCAUGGAUCUUAAGCGCCGGGUUUGGUGGUCUCUCUUUUGUAUGGAUACCUGGGGUGGAAUGACGCUGGGCCGGCCGAGCAUGGGUCGCUUUGGUCCCAACAUCACAGUUAGGCAACCUAAUUGCCGUGACAAGGAUAACGUUCUCGAGAUUCUCCCAUUGGUGGAAAAUAUUCGUUUUGCCAAGAUCGCGACGCAGGUCCAGGAGUCUCUUGCAGCCGCUCCGCUCGUUAAACAUCAAGAGAUGGCUCAUGCGGACACACAACUGCUUGAGUGGUGGGAAAAUCUUCCGCCUGUACUCAAGGAUCAUCAGUCAUGCUCGGAAUCUAUUAGAACCGUGCGAACUGUCAUGAGGUGGCGAUAUUAUAAUCAACGCAUGCUGCUCUUCCGUCCUACUCUGCUGAGUUACGCGAUGCGACGCGUUCCAUAUAUCGCCCUCCGAGCCGAGGAGCGGAUUGCGAUCGAGAAAUGCCGCGAGGUAGCAGAACUAUCUAUCCAGAACAUCGCCGCCACUGCGCAGCUGAAUCAGCUCUGUGGUUGGAAUGCUGUCUGGUGGACCUUCCAAGCGUCUCUCGUCCCGCUUGUCGGCCUCUUCCUCAACGACCCCACAGCAGACGACCCUCGCGCCUCCAUUGAGUCCUGUCAAGCACAGGUCGAGAUGGCAAUGGCAACGCUCGUGCGGAUGCAGUCUUAUGGGCAUACCGCGAAGCGGUCGCUGGACGCUGUUUCGCGCAUCUACGAAGCCAGUAAGCGCGGCCAAGAUAUGCCCACUUCUAGCAGUGCUGGAUCACUUCAGGCCGGCCUCUACCCCGCUGGUCGGGAUAUGGGCAUGAUGUUCUCGCCGCCCGAGCCUGCUCGCAUGGGCAUGGCACUGGGUGAGAAUGGACUUGCAGAUCCCCUGUCCUCACCUUUUGUCGAUGACUCUGGCCAAUAUCUCUGGGAGUAUCUCAGCUGGAGUGAUAAUAAUCUUUGGCCAGGUCUUUCAGACCUUGAUACUCGUAGCGAAGCCAUGGCGCUGCUGACCCCAGAUCAUGAGAAAGGGACGAAGUUCGGAUCUCAUCCGUAUUUUGAGCCCAUCCCCGACUCGUAUUUUGUCAACCCACCAUUAUAUUAUUGA